CAUUCGAAACAGCGGGAAAUUUCACGUUCCGGGAAAAGUCAGCAAGGAUGAUGGCGGAGUCGACGAGGGAAAAAUCUGUUCUGGAAAUGCUGUUUUCUGCAGGAUACAAAAGCUUCAAAUGUACCCCCAACGUGAAGUCACUGGUUAACUACCUUGGCAUCCCUGCAGCAAUCCCAGAAAACCUAGAUUGUACAGAAGCAUUAAUGUAUGACCAUGUUAAACAUCAGCGACCAAAAAUAUCUGCUGAGCUAGAAGAACAUGGUGUUCUACCAGUGAAUGGAUAUACAAGUGAUAAUGACUUGGAGUUAAAACUACAUGUUACCUCUAAUAAAGAUGGAAUGUUUGAUACUGUUAAUAGUAAUAGGCAUGAAGUCAGUUUCUCAAAAUGCAUGGUUAUCUGUGCUGAAAAUAUUAAAUCACAUCCAAUAGGACUUCAUGCCCCAAAAGUAUUUAGCGAAAAAAGUGCUAUCAUUAAAAAUAUAAAACAGUCUGAUGAAUACAAUGACUUUGAAAAUAACAUUCAUGAACUGUAUAUUGAUGAUGCCGGUGAAAGAACUGAUCAAACAACUGAAGAGAAAUGCCUGCUGAACGAUAAACAGCAUUUAAAGCAAACUGAUCAUAAUCAAGCAGAAACACAAGACAUUGUGAAAAUGUCAGAAAUGUGUGCGGAUCGUAGUAGCCCCUCUUGUGAGUCUAUAUCAGACAUAGAUUUUACUGAAGACGAAAGCAAUGAAAUCUGGUUUGAAACUAGCAUUGAAAAAAGCUAUUUUGAAGAAAGAGAAAUGAUUUUUCCAAUGUAUGACAAUUCAAAUAAAAAGCCAUUUAAUAAUUCAGUUAAUAGUGAAAAGAAAUCAGAGAAAGUGAAAAAAGAAAAUGAAAAAGUUAUUUCACAUGAACAUGUGUUUAGUGAAUUAACUUUGGAAAGUGCUCGCACAACUACAGAUGUAAGCAUUACCAUUGAUGCUGAAAACACUGUUCUAAAUACAGAAGAAACGAACUCCAGUAACUCGAAAUUGAAAAAAAAUCGAGCCUUGGAGGGGACUAUAGAAACGGAGGAAGACAACAAAUUUGGCAAGUUGCGGAAACAAUGCCAACUUAAUAAGAAACAAAAAAAGAAAGCCAAUUUAGUGAAAAUAGGUUCUGAAACAAAUGAGGCAGAGUCCAAAACAAGUUUAGAGGAGAAAAUGUCUUGUAUACGUACUGGGAUUAACGUAGAUGUUAAUGUUGUAAGCGUGUCAGCAGACAAAGUCAGUUUGUCAGAACAAAGUCAUGAUGUGAUGCAUAAAGGGAAAAAACACCAAUUCAAGAAAAACGAAACUCAGGAACGCAAAAGUCAAAAACUUGCAGAACGUGAAGUGACAUUGACUGAUAAGAAAGAAUGUCAAGCUAAAUGUACUGACCUAAACUCAAAAGAUAAAAAUUGUAGUGAAGAAAAAAAUAAUACAUUGAAAACUGCUGUUAAAAAGAGGCAUCGUAGCAUAUCGAGUAAACUAAACAAGUCGAAUGAUCACUUAAAGGAAGCUGUAAAUGUUCAGAAAGAAACUAUGCAAAGAAAAAGUUACGAAGGAGUCAAAAGAGGAAAUGAACCCUCAUGCUUAAAAAAAGACAAACUGGGGCAUAAGAGAAAAUCAGGAGGUAUGUCUUGUGAAAAACAUGAUCAAAUCGAAUUGCACAAAGCAGAAUUGAGUAUAAAUGAAACAUUUGACUCAUUCAAACAACAGUUUGUAGAUAAAGAAAGUCAGAAUUUCUUUUGUGAAUCUCUCAGCUGUGGAAUCAGCAGUGCUAGUGCUAAAAUAUCUGUAGACAAUGUUAAACCUUCAGAGAGGGAGACUUCAUCUGACCUUGUGGAAAUGAAAGCUAAAGAGUUAAAGCACAGAGAGCCCAAAGAAGAUAUACAUGAAACAGAACAAGUUGUAAAUACUGAAACUGUCAGCAUUCCUGAAAAGAUACAACCAGGAAAUGAUGACGACAAUAAGCACAAAUUUGUUAGCGCUUCUCAAAAGAAAAAUAGUAAGUGUAAAGACUUCACUAAGAAACGUAAACCAUCAGAAGCAAAGAAAAAAGGAACUACAUUAAAUGAGAUUGCAUCAUCCGGAAAUAAAAGAUUUAAAAUUCCAUUACUAAAAGUAAAGUCUAACACAGAAAUAGAGAUGAAAUCCCCUAUUCCCGAGGAAGUGACGAGAGAUAAAGUAUAUAACGGUCCGAUUUGCAAUGAUUUUCUUUGUAGAAACAAGGUUGACCAAGUCAUUCACACAAAAACAGAACCUUUGAACUUAAGAGCAAGCAAUAAGCCGUUUGAAUGCAUUUUUUGUGGACUAUUUGCAUUCAGUAGUCAUUUGAGUUUGCUUGAACAUGAGCAGGUGUGCCAAAAGGCCGGGAAACAACAUUGUGACAAAGAUCUUGUUGAAAGAAAAAGAAGAAUGUCAUCUGACAAUGCAAUAGAGUGCCAUACAAAUGUCAAUAUCAAACAGACACCGUCAAAUGCGAGAAUUAGGAGAUGUUCUCGGGAAAGUUUACACUCAGUCCAAAUUGAACAUGUACCAGUGGAUUGUGGCAGUAAGGGCACCCUUGAAACUAGUUGUUACCCACACACUGCUAAUAAGGAGACCAAAUCAGACUUGGCUGAAAACAAUUACCAGCAAAUCAUGAACACACUUCUUAAAUGCAACAUUUGUGGAAAAAAAUAUGAUUUUUUAACUGAGUUAGUCUCACACAAAUCAAAAGAGCACUCCUCUCCUAGUCAACCAACAAAAGUUCAGUUUUGCAAAAAUUGUAAAAUGCCGUAUUAUACGAGUGAUGCGGGGUUUGCAAAACACAUGCUUGACUGUGAAAGGCAUGCUAAAGAUAUGAGUGAAAAAGGGGAGCAAUCGCAAGAAAAAGAAAGGCAAGAAAUCAACAGGGACUUUUCUAAUGAUACUGUUGAAGCGACAGAGAAAAUAAGAGGAGGCAAUAAUACUCUCGAUGAGUCAACAGACAAGAUAAGUGACAAAAUAAAUAUAGGUGGAAGAUUCAGGCAAACACAAAAUGGCACGUAUGUUAAACCUUUGUUUAAAACAAAGGCUUGUGUUCGGAAAAGCCCAGUGGAAAAAAUGGAUACUAUAAAUGAGUCAAGAAAUACUACUGGUGAUGCCAUAGAAAAGAAAGAAAGUAAAUUGAAAAGUUCUACGAAAAUCAAUGAAAGACUUGUAUGCAACCUUUGUAAAAGAUUUUUCUGUCUAUCUAAAGAACAGUUACAAGCGCAUGUAACAUAUAAGCAUAGGCACUUGACAAAAAACAGUGAUCAAAAUGCUAUUAAAUGUAGCACACACCUUGAUGCAAAGAUACAUAGCAUAUAUCACGAUGCAAAUACACACCAUGAUAGAAAGACACAGAACAUUCACCUUGAUGAAAAAUCACAGAGCGGAGACCACAGUGCAACGACGCAGAGCGCGCACCUCGGUGCAACGACGCAGAGCGCGCACAACGGUGCAACGACUCGGGCCACACACCAUGAUGCAAUUACACAGAGCCACGAUGAAACGCGUGAAAUGUUGAGAUUGUCACCUCAAAUACGCGUGGAACAUAGAAAAAGAGAAGUGUUUUGUAUUAAUGAGGAUCUCGGUAAUUCAGUUGGAGGACAAAUAAAUAACACUAAUGUGAAAAAAUGUCAUAUUUGUGGAAACAAAUAUUACUUUACUGAUUCCUGUUUGGCCACUCAUAUUAGGGAUGUGCAUGGGAAGCAACAAACUAGUUUAGGAAGUGAAACAACAGACAGUUCUGCACAAAAAGCAUAUGAGAAGGGGUGUUCUGAAAAUACAACUGUUCAACCAAGCACAUAUGUUUCUCCAAGACCACUUAGUGGUGACAUGGACGCUAAUGUUGGCGAUGCUGAUAGAGAUGAUGUCAUCUCUGUGUCUCCUGGAAGGAGUUCUGAGCACGUGAGGAGUUUAAGUAGACGUAAUGAGUCAUGUGAUAGAAGUGAAACAAUGUCAGAUGGAUUAAACAGUCCCGACGUAAAGGUUUUCAGAUGUUUUGUGUGUGGCUGGGUAUUUCCAUCUUCCUUUGCAUUGCGGCGACAUUUCUCAUUUAAACACAAAGGCAACUAUUCCCCAAUAAAAAGAAAAUACCCGAGGGGAAAUACAUUUUCUAGGGAAAGUAUGUCCUCAAGAUCUUCAGUGAAAAUAACAGAUCUUAGAGAAAGUAUAUCAUCGGGAUCUCCAGUGAAAAUUAUAGAUCAUAGAGGUAUUAAAGGAAGACAACGAGAGCAUGACCAGCCUUACAGAGAAUGCAUUGAGAUGCCGCAGUCCCUUGAUAAGCAAGAUGUGAGUAAAGAGGCUGAAGGUGGCAGUGUUAACCAAUCGAGGACACCCAGAGAUCGCUUCAUUGAUGAAAGAGACGGAACUCUGCAACCUGAUAGAAAUAGCUCUGCAAGAAUGCAGUCACCUGAUAAUGGAACAAACUCUGAAAGGAUUCAAUCAUCAGAUAGUAGACUUUAUUCCAGAUUUGGUAGAAAUGAGGAUCGAAAUAGGAAAAGGAGAUUUUCUCAGGAGGACACUAGAUCAUCCAGUAGACAUUCAGCAGGUAGAGAUGGCGGUGAUAGAUCUGGGUCGGAACAUUCGUCGUUUGAUGAGCACAGUGGUUCCCCGUUUAAGAAAAAUAGGACUGGUAGAAGGCCCACUAUAAGGCAAUCAGUGCAUGUGAACAAAAAAAGGCCUAUUGAGCACAAGUGUUUCAGUUGCAAACAAGUUUUUCCAUCAAAAGGAACCCUGUGGGCUCAUUUAAAAAGAGAAGGACAUAUAGUUAAGAAAUGGGUGUGGAAGAAAUGUUAAUAUACGUCCAAUUGUUUUUUUUAACUCCCAUGAAGGAAGUUCUGUAAUAUUUUAAUUAUUAAUAAUUAAUAUUUUUCUUUACAUAUCACAAUAAUUCGACUAAAUGAAGUUUACAUUUUUAAUUUUACUCCCCGAGAGCAUGCUAUUUAUUUUGCCCCCCCCCCCACACACACACCCCUUUUAAGAAGUGGGGUUAUUGCUUUGCACAUGUCGGUCCGUCGGUCGACCAAAUCUUGUCCGAUUGUUAACUAGAGUACGCUUGGGCAUAAGGUCCUCAAACUUCUUAGGAAGGUUGGUCAUGACCUUAAAUUACUCCACAGACAAUAAAUUCGAAAUGACUAAUUGGAGCCCUUUAGCACUGUGUAUACCACGUGAUAAAUUACGUCAUAUACGUUACGUCGGAAGGCUACAAUUUGCUUAAAAUGCUGACUUGAAACCAAGAUAACUUCUUUUCCUUCACCAUUUUAAAUGAAACAAUGGGCUGUCUGUGCCGCUUAUAGAGCCCUGCGUUCGUUUCGUUACCGGAGUUUGAUUAGGUUUCCUCAAACUCUUCGACAAACCUGUUUCCAAACUAAUGUUUUGACAGUGCUCCAUCAGGCGGCUGUUUUGUGAAAAGGUUUGUCGAAGUGUUUUCAGGAUCUAAACUAGAUCAAACUAUGGUAAUAAAACGAAGGCGGCGCUCUGUAAGCGGCGUAGACUGCGCUUUCUUCAUUGAAAAUGGUGAAGAAAUAGUAAAAUUAUCUUUGUUCGACGUAGUAUUAUACUAGGGAUGAUAAAAUUCCGGAUUAAUCCGGAAUUCCGGAUUUAAGGCCUCACGGAUCGAUUUUGAGAUUAAUGUAAAUCCGUUGAGUUUUUUCUAGGGGGGAGGGGUACAGGGAGCGAAUCGAGCUCAGUUCGAACAAUAUGUGUACGAAAAGUGAGUUUUCCGGAAGUGUAAAGCCGGAAAUUAACGAACCUAUUUACGUCUUGGCAAUCGAGCUAUAUGAUUGGUUAAGGUAGCAUCCGGUGAUUACGGAAAUAACCGAUGGGACUAGAAGACAGUAUCCGGAUGGUCGUAUCCGGAUAUGACAGACGACGAAGACAAAUAAACGGGUAUUGGAAAAUUGGAAAAAAAUCGACCACCACCAACUUCUAUAAACAUCGAUUCGUCGAUUAAAAGGGUAUAUUUGCCAUUUAUUUUUAAGAGAAAUUUCCGAAACGUUUCUUUUUAAAUUAAUAGAAAGUGAUCAAACUAAUAAUGAAUUUUGCGCAUUUAGCAUUAUUUCGGACAUCCCGAUUCGGAUUGUGUCAUAAUAAUCGUUUUUAUUUUACAAAUUUUAUUUGGCCGAUUGAAGUUUACGCUGUAAACCAUUUCAAUAUUCUCAUAAUGUUUGAAGCAUUGCUCUCAAUAAGAAGUGGCUGUUGACCAUAAUGGGAGGUUCAAAUGAAAAUUGGUUUGGUUCAAAUUUAAAAAAAAAAGGAAUAAAUAUUUUGUAGUAGUAAUACAUACUACUUAGAGGCAGUCAUUUCAUUUUCUAUUUGAGACAGUUCAACAAAACCUCUUGAGGACCCAGUUUGAGUGAGAUUUAAAUUCUAUAGUUGUAAUUACCAGGUAUGUUGAUGGUUACAAAAGUCAGGGAUGAACAGACACCUCAGCCAGUGCAUCCAGUUGUUCCUGUCAAUGACUGACAAUUCAAUCCAGAGGCCAUGCUACUUGGAUUUAUGACUGAACAUGAUCCCUGGCACCACAGUAGUGUGUCUUACUUAAGACACUUGCCAAAGAUACAAAAGCUCUCAGCGAAUUAAAACUUCAAAGGUGUACAGCAUCAUACAAGAUGACUUACGGAGUGGCUAGCCAUUUCAAUGAUGAACAUGUGGAGGAGUUAAUGGAUCUCGGUUUUGUUUCAACUAAGACAAGUUAACAAACACAAUGAGAAAACUGUUGCAGCUAUUUUUCUGCUAUAUAGAAAGAAAUAGUGUUGAGACAUUUGGCCUCCUUAAAAAUCACAAGGGCUGAUUCUGAAUCAAUUUUCAUAGAAUUUGAAAGCCAGUUUGAGAGACUUGAACUGCCGUGGGACAAUCUAGUUUGUGUGCUUCUGGACUCAUGUAACACCAUGAGGGGAAAGAAUCUGGCUUAGGGACUAGAAUACGUCAAGGUUCACCAAGUCCACAACGGCUACGCUGCCAAAGCAUUUAAGUCCUGUUUGGAUAUUACUUGGAAUAAUAUAUAUAAUAAUUAAUAACAUUAUAUUCUCAUCAAAUGUGCAGAAAAUGGAAUAAAUACUCUUUAUAUGAUACAUCAAAAUUGAAUAAUUAACACUUUUACAAUAAACAUUUGCAAGCAUGAUUAUCGAUAUGUUGUUCAUUAUUAUAAAUCAAACAUCCCACAGUGUAGACUGUUCAUACACAGGCAUUUGAUCAUAGCCAGUUGAGUUUUAUGGAAAGUGGACAACUGAACCAAAAUGUCAGGUACAUGUCUAAUGCCUGUGACUUCAGGUAAAAAAAGUAAAUUUAACUUUGUUUAAAGACAAAGGUGUUAAACUUCACUGCUAAGAUUCCUGAUAAUUGUUCUGAUUUUGGAUGUCUCGUGUUGAACAUAAACCGAAAGGUGUACUCCUUGAACACUAUUAUAAGGCAAAAAAGGGUAUUAGAAUCCCUGAAAUACGGAAAGCUUCGGGGGGCUUCGCCCCCCUUGUUCCCCCACCAGGGCUUUGCCCUGGACCCAUCGGGGUCCUUAAGCGGCCCCCUGAGCCCCACGCAGACAUUUUCAGGAUUGGCAACUUGGCUCUGUUAUCAUCCCUGACUGUAUUUAUGACGCGUUUUAUCACGUGGUAUACAUACUCUGUUUAGGAGGGCAUAUAUAUAUAUAUAUAUAUAUAUAUAUAUAUAUAUAUAUAUAAAUUACCAAUUUUCUUGAGCUGUUAAUAAUGACCGACUGUCCGACAAAGCCCAAGUGGGGGCAUUUUUUACGUGACGUUUAGCUGUUGCUAUGUACUGUAUGAUAUAAAAUUGUAUGCAUUAUUGCCUGUAACAUUCGUGUCUAUGUACUGUAACUUUUUAUAUUUUAAACUUGUAAUUAUUUAAGAUAAAUUUGGUAAGAUUUUGUUACAAGUAUUUUUAUUUUUUGAAUUCGUUUUACAUGACAAGGAUUUGUUAGCGUUUUGUUACACAUCUUAUUUUAAUUGUUGUUGAAUGGUUUUUAAUCGCCUGCAUGUAAAAGUGAUAAUGUUAGGUGUCGUCGCAUAUUCUUACACAUGUACGGUCAAUUUGUGCAUUUCUUAUACAAACAUGUUGCUGGGAAUCGCCUAAAUCACGGUUUCCACUCUCUUACUUGAGCAUUGCAUGUGACUAACUCAAUACUUAUUACUUACUAACAAUAACAAAUGAACCGUAUAUAGAGGAUAAUGCAUUGUUUCAGUGAAGGAUCGUAGCAUAUUUCCGAGUGAGCAACAAAAGCCACGAGUGAAAUAUUUAGUUUUGGUGUUCACAAGGUGAAAUAUAUUGAGAUUUACCACUGAAAACAACAUUUUGUCUGUAUAUUGUAUCCCUUGAUAUAAAAAGUAUAUAAAUUACAUAUAAUUGCCAUUUUUCAGAAUAGCGCGUCAAAUUGUAUGCGAACUUUAUCAUUAAGGAAAUGAUGUGGUUGAAAUUGUUUAUCGGCCCUGUGCACGCCGCAUAACUUUUUUAUUUCACUGCUCUAUAAGUAACCGGAAAGCAAAUAAUAAAUUACUUGUCACCUCAAGAAUCCAACUUUUGGUUUUCGAUAUAAAACGGCAUCAUACUUAUGUACGUACUAUUAUUUCCCUGAGCGUUCUAAUCAUACAGAACUUCAGUGGAAAUGUUAUGAUAGAAAACCCGUACGAACUUCAAGAAGUCAAGAGUCCGAUAUUCCAUUUAGUACUGUGUGAACUUUAGAAGCCAAGUGUCCGAUAUUCCACUAUCACUAUUUAAACUUCAAGCAGUCCAGUGUCCGAUAUUUUACUAGCACGAUGUGUAAAUGCAUGCAUUGUACGGUUGAGUUAUAUUAAUGGUUAUACAUAUUUUGUAUUCCCUGUAUCGUGGAAAUAAAAUUGUUCCUCAUUACAUAUAAAAAUUGUUCCUCAUUACAUAUAUAAAACGGAAUUACAUGUAUGUUUUGAAUUGAUUAAAUUAUGUUUUGAAUUGAUUAGUUUGUUUCAUUAAAACAUUAUAAUAUUCACGUAAUUGUUUCGAUGUAACGGAUGUUCUUGAUGUAGCGCUUAAUUCUGCAUACAGCAUUAUACUUCUUUCCAAACUUCAAUGAACACUCAUUAGCAAGAGACAAUGCCAAAGAACUAGCAUGUCGUUGUAUCACCUUGUGCUCUUUGUUUGUUACUAUAACUACAAUAUCAUUAAAAAUUCAUCGUGACGUUCUCUUCAUUAU